GGCGCCAAUCUGGUGAGUUUGAUCGUCACUUUUUGUCUCUCUCUGUCUGUUCCGAAUCAUUUGGGGUCUGAGUUUCAAUAUCGUACACCAACUGUUCGAUGAAAUGUCUUAGAGGAGUUUCGUACUGAUUCGUUUACCUCACUAGUUGCGAUCCUUCUUCCCGUUAUCACGAAUCGUAGAAGUUUCGGUUUGCUGAAAAAAGCUUGAAGAUACAAUUUUGAAGAUGAGCUCUUCUUCUACUGUUUGGUGGGAAGGAGCUGAGAAGACACGAGUUCUUAUCGCUCCAGGUUGUGGUGGAAACAAACCCGGAGAACUAUUAAAACUUCGCCAUCCAAAAUCAGAAAAUGGAACAUGCUACCUUUUUAGUAAUGGGAUGCUUCAAGAACUUCAGUGGUUUAAGCAAUCAUAUGGUUCCUGGCUCCUUGGAGAUUACAUUUCUGAAGAUGGAAGCUUAUAUAUGGCCACUCCAGUUGAUCCUGUUUUCAUCUUGUUGCCUAUUUUUGACGAAGCAAGAAUGAAGAAAGGUGAAGAUCUUGGAAAGUUCAGGCAACUGGAUGAGAUUUUAUUUGUGGAAGGAUAUCCUGGAUAUCAACAACUUUUGCCUGUUGCAGAGAAGUGUAUGGACAUUGUUUGUCAAACUCAAGAGGUUGGAUCUAUGAAAUUCUAUCGGCUUGAUAACUCGAAAGUUUUAGCUUGGUUAAGUUGUAAGGCGUACUGUUUAAAGAGGACACUACCAGAAUUGGACAAGAACUAUGCAGCUCAAGAUGAGAAACAAACAUUGGUAGAUGCAGUUUCAAUUGUGGGAGAGUACCUGAAGACAGAGCCUUGGUUGAAGCUUCUCUAUGACCAUCUUGGGCUGGAGUUUGUUGACCCGACAAUGAAAGAAACAAAUAUGGAGAACCUUUCAACUGCAAAUGAGAUAACACGGCACCCUCAAAUUCAUUACAGGUGUGUGUAUGUAAAAUCUGUAGACAAAAGCUCUAAAUUCCAUAUAUUUUGUGUUCCUUGUUAUUUUAGUUAUCAAUUCUACUUGUUACAUUUCUUACGAGAAAGCAAAAAAGAAACCUGGAAAACAGACAAAGCAAGCAAAGGUAGAGACUGGAUCAAAGAACAUAAGGGAUAUGUUUUCAAGGGCUUGUAAGAAAAAAUGCUGAAUGAGUGAAUGUUAUAAAACCAGUUACAGUAGCCAACUCUUUAUGAUUGUAUUUUUGCCAACUCUUUAUGGUUAUUUUUUUAGCUAUCAGAUGAUAUUUGCUUAGCUAGCAA